AUGAGCGACAAGAAAGAUCAAUUCGCUCAACCGUCGGAGCAGGGGACGGCUCAAGGUGAUGAAAUUACUACACCAGUCGCCGCGAAUACACCCGAAAACAGACCACAACCAGCUCAAUCGCAUAUCGGACGGGCAGCGACCUUGCCAACACGAAGACCAGUCGACACAGCGAAUACAACACAUGCGCCAGGGAAAGUACGAUUUUCGUCGGAGAUUGAGCGAGCGCCGCGCACGAACUAUGAGCCGCCUACAGGACAAGACGUAAAUGCGCAGAGCUCGCCGACUGCGGGGAAACUCAAGAUCAAUACAGAUGUGGAGUUAUUUCCCAGCGUUGUGUCGCCUAACCAAGAAGUUGUCAGCAGCGACAAUUCCAUUACCAAUACGCCUCUUUCCCCUCCUUCGCCGCAGUCACGAACUCGAGACCGAGGUUAUUCGCUACGACGAUCGCUUUUUGCGAGGAAUAUACAAACUCAGUCGGCGACUGAGACGACUGGUCCGAGCAUUGAACUAGAAACGAGGCAAUCGUCCGCAGCGAAGAGAUCCGAUACACAGGAGAAGGUUUCUGUUGUUGCAGAAGAGGAAAUUCAGCCGGUGGCAACGUUGGAAACUGACUCGCAGGACGAGGACUUGAUCUCGUUGGCAGAUUCAGACUCGACUCCGCUCAAGUAUAAUCUAUCCCUGAGUGCGGGUCAGAAUUGGUUAAAGUCCACGGCAUGCAAGACAAAGGCAUACGAACGGCUGAAUCAGUGGAAUGAGACAAUCAAAGAGAAGGUCUUUCGGAUCAAACCUUUACCGCCUACCAAAGAUGGUCGUCACAUUGAGCUGAAUGUCAGUGAUGUAGAUUCGCUUAUCGACGAGCGAUCCGGCAGUUCAUACGUUGACAAUUCGAUUCGUUCGAGUCGAUAUAGCUUAUGGAGCUUCUUCCCGAAACAGCUCAUUGCGCAAUUCUCGAAGGUCGCCAACUUUUAUUUUUUGGUAGUUUCCAUAUUACAGAUGAUACCUGGUCUCAGUACGACGGGUACUUAUACGACAAUCGUUCCGCUGUUGAUUUUUGUUGGUAUCUCCAUGGGCAAAGAAGGCUUCGACGAUUUGCGCCGGUAUCGUUUGGACAAAGAAGAGAACAACCGCUAUGUGCAUGUUCUGAAGCCGGGUGGAAGACAGCAUGAAUUGAAAAAGUCGAAAUCAAAAGACGAUUCUCCCGCUCUUGAAGAUGACGGAGACUGGGUGGCAGUGAAAUGGCACGAUGUCCGAGUCGGAGAUGUCAUCCAACUCAAACGCAAUCAACCGGUGCCUGCAGACGCUGUACUUUUGCAUGCGGACGGGCAAAACGGUGUUGCUCAUAUUGAGACUAUGGCGCUGGAUGGGGAAACAAAUCUCAAGACGAAACAACCUUGCCAGCCUGUGGCUAAAGCUUGCCAAACAACCGAGGACAUUAUCGAACGAAAGAAUUUUAUUCGUUUCACUGUGGAAGAUCCCAAUAUCGAUCUCUACAAGUUUGAUGGCAACGUUACCGUCAACGAAGAGAAGCUACCUAUCACCAACAAUGAGAUUUUAUAUCGAGGAAGCAUUUUAAGAAACACCGAGCGAAUUUAUGCAAUGGUCAUAUACACCGGACAAGAAUGCAAGAUUCGAAUGAAUGCGAACACGAAUCCUCGCAUCAAGAAGCCCGCUUUGCAGACCGUGGUCAAUUAUGUCGUUGUACUUAUCGUCGCCAUAGUUCUUCUCAUGGCAAUGAUUUGCACCAUUGCAUACAGUGUAUGGAACGAACAAUAUCAAGAGAACGCCUGGUAUCUUAGCAAUGCCAUCGUUGCUGUCGGUCCAGUUUUUACUUCUUAUCUAAUCAUGUUCAACACGAUGAUCCCCAUAUCUCUUUACGUGAGUAUGGAGAUUGUCAAAGUUGGCCAGAUGCUCUUGCUCAACGACGUGGACAUGUACGAUGAAGAAUCAGAUACCCCUCUUGAAGCCAGAACGUCAACCAUCAACGAGGAACUCGGUCAGGUCAGCUACAUUUUUUCUGAUAAGACUGGUACAUUGACAAACAACACUAUGAAGUUUCGUAUGAUGACUGUUGCUGGUACUGCUUGGCUUCAUGACUCGGAUCUGCGCGAGGAAGCAGCACGGGAAGCCGACAAGCAGUGGUUGAUCCACAAAAAGCGAAGCGUCAAAGGAAAGAAGGCAAUGAGCCGAAAGUCGGGCGUGGAUAGCAUACGUGCGUCUUCAAUGCGGAUGUCUAUGGCGUCUGCGCAUGAGCUACCAUCUCGUUCUCGAUCCAUCAUGCAUGGCAAGCCGUUCUAUGGGGGCAAUACCAAGCAAAUGCUGGAGUACAUUCAGCGGAAACCUCACACCUUAUUCGCUCGCAAGGCCAAGUUUUUUAUCCUAUCUUUGGCACUGUGCCAUACCUGUAUACCCGAAAAAGACGAAGCUGGCAAUAUCACUUAUCAAGCUGCAUCUCCUGAUGAGAUGGCUUUGGUCACAGCAGCACAGCAAUUAGGGUAUUUGGUCAUGGAUCGACAACAAAAUACCUUGACUGUGCGGACUUAUCCUAGUGGUCUCGAUGAUGAUCCAUGGGACGAAAUAUACGAGGUUUUGGACGUGAUUGAAUUCACUAGUGCCCGUAAGAGAAUGUCCGUGAUUGUUCGCAUGCCAGACCAACGUCUUUGCCUCUUCUGUAAAGGUGCGGAUUCUACCAUCACGAAAUUGCUUCGACAGGCGUCUCUAGCGCAGCAAAAGGCGACACAAAUCGAGCGACGAGCCAGCCAAAGGAAAGCGGAGGAAGCCUUUGAGGCCAUCCGACGCCACAGCGAACAUCAAAGUCCUGUGAACAUACAAAGGCCAAGUCUGUCGACAAGGCGGUCGAGCGGUCUGUCUGGGAAACGCGACACUCUACGCCGUAGCAUCGACAUUUGGCUAAAGGACCGGGAAACUGAUGGUGGUAUCUUGAAGAGAGACACCGGCAGUGAACACUACAGUCCUCGACCAUCGACCCAGCUAAACCGAAAUUCGAUGGCCUCAUCUGACGGCCGGCCUUCUUUCCAAGAGGAUGAUGACGGACAUCUGGUUGAGGAGAGCCUCGUGGUUGAUGAUCAUGCUGUGUUUGAGCGAUGCUUCCAGCAUUUGAACGAUUUCGCUACAGAAGGUUUACGUACUUUGAUGUAUGCUUCUCGAUUUCUGGACGAGUCUACUUACACAGAAUGGAAACAAGCAUACCAGGAGGCUAGUACCAGUUUGGUGGACCGACAGGAAAAGAUUGAAAAGGUGGGCGAGCAGAUUGAAACUCAACUUGAACUCGUCGGUGCCACGGCUAUCGAAGACAAACUUCAAAAGGGUGUACCGGAGGCAAUUGACAAGUUGCGACGCGCAAACAUCAAGCUUUGGAUGCUUACUGGUGACAAACGUGAAACGGCUAUCAACAUUGGUCACUCGUGUCGACUUGUCAAGGAGUACUCCGAGGUUAUUGUGCUGGAUCAAGAGGCUGGCGACGUCGAAAAGACCAUUGUGAGCACCAUCAACAGCAUCCGCAAGGGUCGCUUGGCGCAUUCAGUGCUGGUAGUCGACGGUCAGACGUUGUCUAUGAUUGAGAGUGAUGAAAUUUUGAUGCCUCGAUUCUUCAAGCUAGCAAUCAUGGUCGAUUCCGUCAUUUGCUGCCGCGCUAGCCCCAAGCAAAAAGCGUUUUUGGUUAAAGCCGUACGAAAGCAUGUGUCGAACGCGAUCACUUUGGCUAUUGGUGACGGCGCGAAUGAUAUUGCCAUGAUCCAAGAAGCGCAUGUCGGUAUCGGUAUCACCGGCAAGGAAGGUCUUCAGGCCGCCAGAAUAUCGGAUUACUCCAUCGCACAAUUCCGGUUCUUACUCAAGCUCCUGCUCGUCCACGGUCGAUGGAAUUACAUCCGGAUCUGCAAAUACACUCUUGGCACAUUCUGGAAGGAGAUGCUCUUCUACCUCAGUCAAUCCUUGUAUCAGCGAUACAACGGCUACACAGGUACCAGUCUAUACGAAAACUGGUCCUUGAGUAUGUUCAACACGUUAUUCACUUCUCUCGCCGUAAUUUUCCUCGGAAUCCUAGAAAAAGACCUCUCUGCAGCAACUUUACUCGCCGUGCCAGAGCUCUACACAAAGGGCCAACGAAACCAAGGCUUCAAUAUCCGUAUCUACCUCGGCUGGGCCCUGAUGGCCGUCAUCGAAGCCUUCAUCGUGUUCUACACCAUGUACGGUCUGUUUGGUUCAUCACUCAUGGGCAUCGACAACACCAUCUUCCCCAUGGGCCUCCUCUGCUUUACGGCAUGCAUAACAAUCAUAAACCUCAAACUCCAAUUCCUCGAAAUCCACUACAAAACGAUCGUCUCUGCCAUCGUCCUUUUUGUAUCUAUCGGCGGCUGGKUCCUAUGGAACAUGAUCCUUUCCUCGCGCUACAACGACGCUAAAUCGGGCAAAUCCAUCUACGACGUGCGCGGCAAUUUUCUGACUCGUAUUGGCCGCAGUCUCAAUUUCUGGGCUGUCUUGUUUCUGAUCGUUGCUGCGGUGCUGUUGUUCGAGACCACAGUGACGCUGUUCAGACAGUACUUCUUCCCGACGGAUGUCGACGUCUUUCAGCACCUUGAGAAGGAUCCUGCUAUCAAGCGCCGCUUUGAAGAAGCGGCUGCCUCAGAAUUGCAGCAGGGCUGGGACCGCGAUAGUUCAAAUAUCAGAUCGAGUCUGGAAAUGGCGCGUGAAGAAGAGGAGCAGUUGGCGCGCGAACAGGAGGUGCAUCAGUAUCUCAACCGUCCUCGAGACGAGGACCAGCACAACCAUAACAACCUCGAACAUCGUGAUGAACUAGAUGAAGAAGCAGCAAUCCCGCGCUCCGGCUCCGUGUCUACGCGCCGGAAAUCGCAUGACAUCCAUGACUUGUUCAGUAAGGGCUUUGGGACGAUCAAGAGGGGGCAUUUGUGA